AUGCAGCUGGAGUUCCAUCAAGCUGUCAAUGAGCAGCAGCCAACAGAUUUGUCUCCACAUGAGCUUGCUGCGCCUGUGUAUGCCCAAGGAGAGAUCACCACCCCGGUGAAUACCAGCCAAGGUGACAUGCAACCAGCAAGCCCAGGAGGCCGAACUGAAGAUAGAAAAGUGCCUGACAACACAAAUGAGGUACCGGCAGUCCAUGCAUUCAUUCAAUCUGUUACCUGCCCGUUAGAGCCACCCUUGCUUCAAAAUGUUCCUCAGAUUAACUCUUUAGACCUCCUCUCCAAUGUUCAAGAUGCUUCGCAUACCCCGCGCAGAAGCGACAGGCUCGCCAACAAAGCAACAUUGGGCAAAAACAUUCUGCAAUCUGCUCAGGACUUGUUGGCUAGUAAGUUGGGGGAUCUCUCUCCCCAAAAACUUUUCAUGACCAAAUCUGAAAAACUCUCUGCCUACUUGCAGCGCUUCCAGCAGCCACUUCCAAAAGCAGCCAUUGAGGUGAUCACCGCGCUGGUGGACAAGGGAAAUGAUCAGCAAAGAAAGAGGAAGGCGCCAAGGAGGAUAGCGCCAGAACCGUGCUCUGGGGUGGAGCACAGUCUAAACUUUGUCAGAAACUAUGCCGUCCUGCCGUCCGAUGGUGCAAGCGGUGGCAUUCUGUUAGCAUGCAACGAGAACUCCUUUACCCUCUCAGAUGGCCACAUUAUAGAUCACACUCUGUCGUCCAUCAUCACCAUGUUUGCUGAGAAUAAAACUUGGUCUCUAACCACAGCUCAAGACAAGAACAUUAACCGGCUUAAUCUUCACUUGAUGAGACAAUUCAAGUCUGCGAUCGACGACUUGAAUGUAACUGAACUGAAACUUCAUGGCCGCAAGUACACUUGGAGCAAUGAUCAGGUAAACCCCACCAUAACAAGAAUUGACCUCUUCUUCUGCACUGCCGAUUGGGACAUGCUGUUCCCGGCGGCACACCUCAUGGCCCUAUCUUCCAAUGACUCAAACCACAGCCCUCUUUUUCUUAAUAAAGAGGCCUUGGUGCACAGAUAUUCCGGAUUUAGGAUGGAGUCAUUUUGGAUGUCUUUACCAGGAUUCCAGGAGACGGUUCACAAUGCAUGGCGGCAACCGGUCCUUGUCUCUGAUGAUAUUCUUAGAUUUCAUGUCAAGCUUAAUAGGACGGCUAAAUAUUUAAAGAUCUGGAGAAAGCAAAACAUUGGAGAUCUAAAAUUGCGCCUUCAGAUCGCACGUGAGGUGAUUCUCAGUCUAGACAUCGCACAAGAAACUCGAACUCUAACUCAAGAGGAAAGAGAUCUUCGUAAGUGGCUCAAGCAAAAGAUCACAGGGCUUGCUGUUCUGGAAAAGGCCCGUGCUAGACAACACGCGCGGCUAACCUGUAUAAGGCUUUCGAAUACUAACACUAAGUAUUUCCACAUCAGGGCAAAUGCAAAAAGGAGAAAGAAAUUCAUCCCAUCUUUACUAGCUGAUGAUGGAAUUGCAACUUCUCAUGAGCAGAAAGAAGCUUUGUUGCACAAGUAUUUCACUGAUCACAUUGGCAAGACCCAUUCUAGGGAGCUUACUAUCGAUUGGGAUGCGCUCAACUACCAGCCUCUUGACCUUUUGGAUUUGGAAGCACCUUUUAACGAAGAGGAAAUACUUUCUACAGUUAAAGAAUUACAUCCUGAAAAGUUGGCCUUGCCUGUUGGAGGUCCUACAAGCCCUUGGCUUCGACUAGAGGUGGAGAGACUGGGUUUUGACAAUUUUGGCAACCUCUUCCUCAAGGAUCACUCUUAA